AUGUCUGACUGGCGCGCGCGCCGACAUACAUUAGACAUGGUUGCCGAGCCAAAUCAUGCAGAGGACAAGAAGAAUAGAAAGGAGAGCCCUGUUGACAUGGGCUUCGAGGCGGCCUUGGCAGCAGCUGCCAAGGAGCGUGCAGAAGCAGAAGCUUCAGGCAGCUGUGGCAAAGGUGAAGAAGUUACGAAGAAGCUGAAGCCCAAAGUUGGCUCCAGCAGCACAAAGAGCCAACAAGAAUCCACAGCCCAAGCGGGUGGCGCUUCAAAGCCAAAUUCGCUGCUAGCUUCCGGCAAGGGCGAGGUGGUCGAUGCAUUCUCCUACGACCCAACGAAAAAGCCCGAUGCCGAUUACUCUAAGCCCGAUCCGCUGUCUAUUGCCAACUCCGGCCUGGAUAUCCAGCGACGCAUCUACGAGCAAGAUCGCAGUGAGUACAGCGCCGACCAGCUUCGCCGCUGCGACGCCAUCGCCCGCGGCAAAAGGUGGGGUAGGCAAAAAGUAGUUGAAUUGGGGUUAUAUAAAGGUAAUAUACGGGUGAUAUUGGGGUAA